UUGUGAAUUAUAUGAAAUUCAGUGAUAAAGUCAUUUAAGAAAAAAUAGAAGAAAUAAAAAUAAACGGAUAAUUAUGUGGAAUAACAUGACGUUGAAAUACCCAAUAAGGUGAAAAGACAUUAAAAAAACAAAUGAUGAGGAUUUUCUUCUUCUGAAAUUUGGAAAAUAAGAAAGAAAAAAAUAAGAUGAAUAACAAAUGAUGCGUUUUUUUCUUCUGAAAUUCGGAAAAUUUAUGAACGGAAAUCUAACCGAGCAGAUUAUGGGAAAAAAUAAAAGCUUGUAUUUAUUUUAAAUGGAAUGUACAGGUAAAACAUAAAAAUGUUUUACCUAGACAGAAAUAUUUGACAAAUAGCUAUUAUUUUAUUUUCAUUUUUUUGUAAUUAUUUGUACAAAUAAAAAAAGAGUUUGACGCCAUUUAGAUAGGCAACAGAAGCAAAAGACUGUAAUUUUUUCAGAGUGAUAUAAUAUUUUUAAAUGAUUAUGUGAAUUAAUGAAUACAUAGCUUGGAGUUAUUUAAAACCCCUGAGAAGUGAUCUAGCAUUAGAUACAAUGCUUCUAUUUGUUGUUCUAAGCAUAUAUUUGAAACUGACAGUAGCAGCAGUCACAUGUCCAAACGGGGAUACAGCCGGAAUUGUUAAAGAUGGUAUGACAUGUUCGGAACUUAUAGCAGACGACAAUGCUGAAUGCUAUGAUAACAGUAUAGAGGCUUCAUGUUGUGCGUCAUGCAACGCUGUCGCGAGAAAUAACCAAAAUUGUCUGUAUGGGGAUAAAGCCGUUUGCUUUUCUUUCCUGUGUCCGACCUAUACAGACAUAAACACGUGCUGUGAAACAUGUGCCUCUAGUAUUACAACUCAGUCAACAACGCCGACGUCGACAGCCGCUUCAAUGACGUCAUCUUCUACGUCAGACGAAAAUACUGAUGGUCAUUCAAGCAGUAACGGCAGCUCUAAUGAUGAUGGUGUGAUAGCCGGGGCUGUUGUAGGAAGUACCGUUGGUAUUACAAUUCUCGUUGUUUGUGCAUUUAUUGCCAUGAAAAUUCUUAAGAAAAAAGACAAUCAAAUAGGAGACGAUGCAAGUUCAGGAAUUCCAGAAAAAAUAGACAGGAAUUCUUCUGGGUAUAUCCCAGAGAAAGCGGACAUUUGUACUGUACUGCAAGAAAAGCUUGACACAAGCUGCGAUCUUACAGAAAAACAACAACUUCCGGUCGAGAAAGGUCACGAUGAAGGUCAGUCAGAUGAUUUCGUGAAAACUAACAAUAAUGAUAAUAAUGAUGUAAAUAGAAUUAUACAAACAUCAGCCAUUGAAAAGCCUAUUACAAAGGGUGUAUGUCCUAUGAAUGCAACAAACGGUGCUAAAAAUGGUGACGAUGUUGAUAUGAAACGAAAAUGUUUAUCUCCUUUGCAAGAGAGUAAUGUCGAAGCCACGCCCAUACAUGAUAUACUGCCACCCAUCGGAACUUCAGCAUCAUGCCGAUUCGCUUUGUAGCAAAAACCAAUCGUGUUGUUAAAAUCAUGGUACAGUAAACGGCAACCAAUUGUUCGGAAAACUGACAAUGUACUAUCGAGGACUAAAAAAAGCGAAUUAAGGGAUACAAGAAACUUGGUUCUUUUCCUUUUUCUAUGUUUCAUUUAACUAGAAUGUGCAUAACAUGCGCAGUAACUGAGCAAAAGUUAAAAAAAUAUCAGAAUGGCUUUACACACUUGAUCGCAAUUCAGACAUUUUUGAUGUUGGAUAUAUUUCGCAUAAUGUACGUAGUUUUAAAAUGUACGCGGUGUCAUAAGUUUUGCGACGCAACAGAAUCGCGAAUAAUACCGAAAAUUAAAACCUCACGAAAAAUUACCGGGUUUACAGUAUCCAGCUACUUCAUAAAAUAUCGUUUACCACUGUGAUCUUUUAUGCUAUAAUGAUAUAAUUAUCGGCGAAUCUUCGGUUUCCGACAUCAUUGUCUUUAAUGAGGGCUUGGUUGGAACUUUAAAAGGGACUCCAUGAAGGUCCAGAUGACCAGGAACAUAAAAUUUGUAUAACUAGCGUAGAUCAACUGAAACACUUAAAGUGAAAAAAAUAAAAAGAGCACAGAAGAGAAAAUCAGAAAUAUUCUCAAAUAUUAAAUCCUUUUUGUGAUUCUUAGCCCGAAUUAAUUCAAAAGCGUUUAAAAACUUAAUUUGGGCAAUUUUUGGACAGUUCAGAAUCAUUUUUCAGGAAAAACAGACUGAGCGAAUGAUUGGAAAAUUUGCACAUACGUUGAUAGUCCAGAUUUAUUUCAUUUGAUACAAAUAUCUCGUAAAAAUAUUGAAACAAAUAUAUUCAGUUCCCCGUCAGUUAAUAAACCAUUUUAGUGUCCCUACAAGUUAAACUGACACGCAGAAUGUUCAAGCUUUACUGCUGUGGCACAAGGAUUCUGCAGGUAAAUACGUGUCGAGCGGGCACCUAAGAAAAACAACGACCUUUCGUAAGCUUCCUGGAUAGAAUUUUCAUAUGAAAAAUUAAAAAAACAACAUAGUCUCUUGUAAGAUUCGAAUGUUUAGAAGGCUUUAUUAUGCUCAUAUUUGAUAUUUGAAAAACAACUGAUAAUUACUAUACUGUCUCUUUUUAAAUGUAAAAUAAACAUCUUUUGAAUACACACAGAGAAAAUAUGUUACGUUUGAAAGUCUACAGGUAAUCACAGUAUGAUUACAUAGUGUCAUUAAAAAACCUGUCAGUUUAUAAAAAAGACCAUUUAACUUGACGAGUAAAAGGAUUGCUUCUUCCCAAAACAUAGUUAAUAUAUUCAUUUAUUCAAAUAAGACAUAUUCAGGAAGAAUUUGCUAGAUUUAAUUGUUUUCUACAAUUAUCCUAGAAGUAUUUUACCCAAAGAUCUUUUAGAAAAUGAAUCUACAUGUUUUUAAAAAGAAUCUCCGUAUUAAUACUAUGUAAAAUUCAAACAUGUUUCUCCAAUUCUACGCAAAUUAUUCGAUUAUUAGUUAUAUUCUCUUUUUCAAAAUUAAAUGUAUCAUAACUUUAAAAAAAAUAUAUUGAAUCUGUUUAGUUGUUGUAGCAUCUCUACAUAAAAUCCUAUGAACGCACUAGGAUACUUACAGAUUGUUAUUUUAGAAUGUGAUUUUGUUAUAUCGGUGAUUUUAUCGUUUGAUAAAUCACUGUUUGUCUUUCGGAUGCGCAUCAUUAUAUCACUCGGGCUACGGCCUCGGCAUCCGAACUCCAAACAGUGAUUUUAUUCAGCGAUAAAAUCAUUGUUUGUGAUAUAAUAUUUCAUAAAUGACCAUGUUCAUAUACAAACAAUAUCAACAAUCACAC